AUGGGGGAACAGAGGGCGCCGGGCUUCCAAGGCUGCAGGCAGACCCUGAAUGUGUCCGUGCUGGGGGCGCUGCCAGGAGGCGGCUGGGACAACCUGCGCAACGUCGAGCUGGGGCAGGUGCUCAGGAGAGACUAUUCGCAGUGCCUCACCACCGAGGACGGCGAGUACCUCAUCCCAGACCGCGCACAGGUGGUCCCGCGGCGGCAGAGUAUAGUGGAGACCCGCACGGAGCUCAUCGACCACCGGGUCAACGACACUGACGCCUGGGCCGCCUCCAUCAACGCUGAGCUCUCCUUCCUCCCCGACCUCAAUGCUAAGUUCUCCGUGGACUGCCGGAACGUCAGGAAGUACAGCCUGGAGUACCAGACGGUCACGACCAGGGUGCAGAUCCGCCACGUUAUCUACUCUGUGAAGGCCCCGGAGAACCCCGACUUCCAGCCCGACUUUCUGCGACAUCUGCUGACCCUCAGCGACCACCUGGAGAACAACCAGACCCGGGAGGCCAAAUACCUGGCGGAGAUGCUUGUGCUUAGGUACGGCACGCACGUUCUCACCGACGUGGAGGCCGGGGCUGCCUUGGUGCAGCAGUACCAGGUGCAGAGCCGGCUUCUCCAGAACUACGGGCGGAACACGGUGGCCUCCAAGAUGCACAGCCACGGUGGCGUGCCCUUCUACCCGGGCAUCACCCUGCAGAAGUGGCAGGAGGGCAUCGGCAACCGGCUGGCGGCCAUCGAUAGGUCGAGCCCUACCCUGCCGGUGCUGCUCCAGCUGGAGGCGCUGCCCGAGCUCCCAGAGGCCCGCGUGGCGACCGCGCUUGCGCCGGGUGGCGGCCGUGCGUGCGCCGGGUGGCGGCCGCGCGUGCGCUGGGCCAUCCACCGCUACUACGCGGUCAACACGCGUCCCGGAUGCUUGAAGCUUGGGGCUCCCGUCUUCGACCCCCAGGCCAAUGUGGACGAUGGUUCUUGCGGAGGCCGCUGCCGCGCCAACUUCAGCUUCGUUGGUGUCUUCCAGGAAUGCGAGGCCGUGUCCGGGCGGCGUGCCGAUCACCUCUGCCGGGCCUAUCACAUCCCGAACCCGCUCACCGGCAAACCCUCUUGCCCAGCCAACUACACGGCCAGCGCCCGGAGCGGCGGGCUGAAGACGUGGAGCGACGCCGGUCCUGAGUGCCGGCAGCACUGCCGAAGGUGCCGGCUCUUCUUCCGAUGCUGCUCAACGGUGUGCGCCACCCAUGAGCAUCGGAAUGCCGUGCGCCUGGCUGCCUCCUGGUGCGAGCCCUCGGGGGCCUCCCUGCCCACCACUGCGGGCCUCCUCUUUGGAGGCCUGUAUAGCCCAGGCAACCCAAACCCGCUCACUGGGUCCCAGGCUUGCCCCUCCCACUUCUACCCACUGACACUCUUUGGCGACCACAAGGUCUGUGUCAGUAGCGACUCAGAGCUGGGUACAGCCCAGGCAGUCCCCUUUGGGGGUUUCUUCAGCUGCCAGGCGGGCAACCCCUUGGCUGGCCUUGUGAAGGGCCAGAGCCCUGGGCUCAUGAAGGAGGUGUUCUACCAGGACAGCCCCACGGAUUUCCCCAUGAAAUGCCCAGCAGGGUACGGCCAACACCAGGCUUACCUCAGCCACGGCUGCCAAAUCCUCUGCUGCCUCAGGGCUGGGGUCCUCUUGGACCAGCAGCAGGCAGCUGUUCGGAUGCCCCCAGUUAUUCCCCGUCCCCCCUUGCUCGACAGAAGCAGCACCCCCAGGCUCUCUGUCCUGGUUGACUCCAGUGGUCAGCGGGUCUGGGCGAGGCUGCAAGGCUCUGACCGCUGGCAGCAGGCCAAUAUUAAUGACCAUCCCGGUCAGCCAAGCUCUUGA